UGGAGCGAGCGGAGCUGAGAGAGAGAUCGCAUGAUCAUUCGUUGGAUAUCCUUCCGCCUUGUCUACUUUCAACAUGGCCGACAAAGCUAUUGCAGAGUUGAGACUGAGUGAGGUGAAGCUUGGUCAGCUUCCCAGGUGGCUGUCAACCUGCUCCUUCACACCAGCUGGUCUUGUCAGAGCCUUGGGAAGAGGUCGCACAAGGUAUUACAACAAAUAUAUCAAUGUAGUACGAGGCAAUAUUGCUCCUGUUGGCCAGUUUAUAGCUACUUUUGUCGUCCUUAACUACAUGUGGCGUUUCAAGGUUGAAAAGCAACAUCGUCUAAGAAAGCAUCAUUGGUGAUGAAGAUGGACUGCUUUUGACCUGACCUCUACCCUUCGUAACUAUUCCCACUCCCAGCUAUAAAGAUAAUUCAGUCUCUGUCUUCAAUAGGCACAACCAAAGUGGAAUUAAUCAACAUGAUCUAUCCAAUAAAACAUCAGAAAAUGCACCAAUUAGAAGGAACUUUGAAUUUGAACAUGUGGAAAGGGUUGCCAUCUGACAAGUUGUCGCGUUUGAUGUGAAGACCACAGCAAUUCGCCACUUACGUAUUCAGCCAGGUCCAAUUUUCAGUCCAUCAGAAGUCCCCCAACCUCAUUAGAAAUACUCUGUGGAGUGGAAUCAAUAGUUGACCAAUGCCCGCUAACAGUCAUCUGUUGUCUGUCUUGUAAAAUGAUAUGUAGGACUUUGUAUUAUUUUGCUGUGUAACAGAGCAGAAAGAGUAUAUGAGAAUUAAAAUGAGUUGUUACCUUGUGA